GCACAUUUUUAUUGGAAAAUGACUUACUGUGCAUUGAAAGGUUGUCCCAACUCAUCACAUGAUACCCAGGAGCAUCAGAACAUAACGUUUCACGUAUUUCCUACUGAUCCGAUAAUUGCUGGUCGGUGGGUGGAACAAAUAAGACUAAAUCAUAAGGAAGAAUAUUGGCAGCCCAAUAAAUAUACAAAUGUAUGUUCAAUACAUUUCGAUGAAAGUCAAACGUAUACUACAAAUGGUGGCUUAUGCAAAUUACGCCAGACUGCGAUACCGACAAAGAGGCUGUAUAUCGUUUGCAAAGAAGAAAAUCAAGACAGUGAUCCUCAUGAGCCGGAUAAAGUACAGGAUUUUAUUUGCAAAGAAGAACGCCUGGAUAUAGAUGACCAGUAUGAUCCUCACGAGCCGGAUAAGCUCCUGGAUGCAUGGUCCAAAGAAGACGAUGAAAAAUCUUAUUUUAGAAUUUGUACACCUUCAUCACCUCAGAAGAUCAUCAAGUCGGGUUUAUUGUGUAACGAAGCCAAUGGUGAUAACGUAACUCUGACAUCUGCGCACCAAAAGACCAAAAAAUGCAUGUGCAACGUUGUCCAUACGUCCAAGAAAUUGAUGCCUACAGACAGCGAUACGGAAUUCGAAUGUAUUUUCGAUUCGGAACGAAAUGAUAAGCUGCGGAGAAAACUAGAAAAAAAGAUCAAGAUUCACGCGAAACAAUCAUUGCAAAUAAAGAAUUUGCAACAAAAAGUUCGUCGUUUAAUAAAAAAAAAUUCAACUCUACAAAAUAAACUCGAUAAACUUACACAGGGAAAUGAAAAGAAAAAAGUUAACAAAAAUAAGGUCAAGAAGGAAAAUAAAUGAUACAUCAAUAAAACUUACCAUUACAAAAAAUAAAUAAUU